CGGGUGCGGGACGCCUUGCGGGCUUUGUCGCUGGUCCUGCGAGGUGGGCGGCCCCGGUUCGCUGCGGGGCACCGGAUUCUGAUGUAGGAACUGGUGAUGAGAAGGUGCCUCUGGCGUCUGCAUUUCUGAGAAUGGAAAUCCGCACAGGACACUGUCAGAAACACGCACAGUGAUGGGGACCCCUGCCCCUGAGUCUGGGGGGGUCUCUGCACCAGGAUUAGGAGGGCUGUUGGGAAACCUGGAAGGGCAGAGCCCCCCGUCUCGGGAGGGAGGCCGCAAGCCGGUGACAGUAACUCACUGGAAGAUCCAGACAGGAGAGGCCGUCCAGGUGGGACGUGCGUGCAGAGGCGGCCCCGUCCUGAGCUCAGACCUCCUCCUCCUCCAGAGAGAGCUUACGGAAGGGGAAGCCCACCCAUGUGGGACCUGUGGCCAAAGCUUCCCGUUUACUGCGGACCUAGUUAGACAUCAGAUUUCUCACACCGGGGAGAAACCUUACAGAGGUGACCAGUGUGGGAAAGCCUUCAGCCAGAGCUCCCACCUUGUCGAGCACCAGAGUGUUCACACCGGAGAACGACUCUACGUGUGCAACGCUUGUGGGAAAGACUUCGCUCACUAUGCAGGUCUCAUUGAGCAUCAGAGAGCACACGCAGGAGAAAAGCCCUUCAAGUGCGCUCAGUGUGGGAAAGGCUUCUGUCACAGCUCAGACCUGAUUCGACACCAGCGCGUCCAUACCCGGGAGAGGCCUUUUGAAUGCAAAGAAUGUGGGAAAGGCUUUAGUCAGAGUUCACUACUCAUUCGACAUCAAAGGAUUCACACAGGAGAAAGGCCCUAUGAGUGUAAUGAAUGCGGGAAAUCCUUCAUUAGGAGCUCAAGCCUCAUUCGACAUUAUCAGAUCCACACAGAAGUGAAACAGUAUGAAUGUAAGGAAUGUGGAAAGGCCUUCCGUCAUCGCUCAGACCUCAUUGAACAUCAGAGAAUUCACACCGGAGAGAGGCCCUUUGAAUGUAACGAGUGUGGCAAAGCCUUCAUCAGGAGCUCAAAGCUUAUUCAGCAUCAGAGGAUCCACACUGGAGAGAGGCCUUAUGUUUGCAACGAGUGUGGGAAGCGCUUCAGCCAGACGUCAAACUUUACUCAGCAUCAGAGAAUUCACACUGGAGAGAAACUCUACGAAUGUAAUGAAUGUGGGAAAGCUUUCUUCCUGAGCUCAUACCUUAUUCGACACCAGAAAAUUCACACUGGAGAGAGGGUAUACGAAUGCAAGGAGUGUGGCAAAGCUUUUCUCCAGAAAGCUCAUCUCACCGAACAUCAGAAAAUCCACACGGGGGACAGGCCCUUUGAAUGUAAGGACUGUGGGAAAGCCUUCAUCCAGAGCUCCAAGCUGCUUCUACACCAGAUCAUUCAUACUGGAGAGAAGCCCUAUGUGUGUAGUUAUUGUGGGAAAGGGUUUAUUCAGAGGUCAAACUUCCUUCAGCACCAGAAAAUUCACACUGAAGAGAAACUGUACGAUUGUAGUCAAUAUGGGAAAGAUUUCCACUCUAACCCGAACUUUAAAAAUAAUCAAGGUCUUACUCAAGAGGGGCUUCCCUUGAGUAAGACCCCCGCACAUGUGGGUGAGAAAUCUGUAAGUCAAGGGGGUCGCACAGAUGACUUAUAAUUAUUCUCCAGGUCAGCGAUGUUUGCAAGCGGUGGCAUGAGUGUUGUGGCUCCUAUGCCUUUGGACAUGCCAGCAUUUUCCAGAAUCACGGCUGGGGCUGCUUUAGGAGUGGGCUGCCACCUGUGUGUGCAGCCACGCUGGACUGACCUCGGCCAGGAACCUGUGUCCUCAGGAGAGCCACCUGAAGACCGCUGCCUGAGCUGGAACAGUGGGGCCAGGAGCUAGGUCUCUAGAUGUUCCUGCACAAUCAUAGCUCGCCCCCGGGUUAAGUCCCCUUAGAGAACGAUGUGCCCACUCAUUAAACAGUUGAUGGAGCAAUUGAGAUUGAUCAGCAGGCAGUCGGAGAACCACGGGGGCUUCCCUGUGGUCCUUGGGCACAUUCUGAGCUCCCUCCCUGCAUCCUAAGGUCUUUUGCUUCCUGGAGCCUCGUCUCCCACCACCUCACUCAGUGUUGCAGCAGCACUAACGGACAUUCCUCGGAUCCAGGCUGUCCCUGCGCCCUGGCCUCCGUCCUUGUUCGAACGCUCUCCCUCUCCUCCCCUGGCUACUCACCCCGGCAUCGUGUCAGGCUCAGCCUCUUCCACUGCUGGGCUUCAGUCGUCAUUCUCACCCUGUUACUGCAUUUACUUUGAUAUAUAAGAAUUGUGUCUUUAUAUAUGUCUCAUUAUUGCACUGCUGAUUCUUUGUGGACAGUUAUAUCUGACUGAUUUGUGUCCCUGGUGUCUAGCGCAGGACAAUAAAAGAAGCCCACCCCAUACCUGUGUAAGUGGUGCCUCUCCAGCUUUGUCCCUUUUUGCUGCUAUUUUAAAACGCUUGGAUUUUGUCCUUGCUUUGUAAAGUGUAACCUGCUGGGCUGCUGGGAAUGCCUUCUGCGCCCAGUCCAUGUCUGCUCGCCCUCAAGCCAGAAGUCACAGGUGGUGGCCAGGGUAAGCCCGUGCCCUCAGGUUGCUGCUGAGCUCAGCCAUGGCCAGGCCCCGGCUUCGGAGCACUGUCUGCACGUAGUUGUCUGUGCAUCUUUCUGGCUCGCUCCAGGGCAGAGUCCCAGCACAUG